GCGGGACGAGGGUCUGCCCUGCCCGCCUUGGGGCGCUCGGCGAGGCGGGCUGGGACCUCCUGCGUGAGGGGAACUGCAGCGGCGGAGCGAAGGUACUGACACAGAGAAAGCUGAUUUGUGUCGGGGACAGUUUUUCACUGACUUUAUCCUCAGCAUAUACUGAAUAGCGAAAUGUCCUCGAAGAAGAAAAUAAAGAAGACUCAUACAAGCUAUAAAUUAGAGGAACACAAAGCCAAUUCCAAUCUUCGCUGGAAAUCACUUCUGCUUGAGGAACCUGAUGUCUCAAGGAUAUUGAAGGUAGCGGAAACAAAACACCUGGAGGAGCUUGAUGAUUCCUUUGAUCACCCUUUGCACAGUACUGCUGUGGAUGCUUAUGGAGAGGAACCCUCACAAAACGAGUCACUUGGUCAUGUUUCAGCACUGCAAAGGCAAAAUACAAAAAGAAGUAAAAAAAUGCAUCUGUCAAAGACAUCUAAUGGUGAUAAGCAGAUACUCAAAACAGCUGGUGCUGGAGAUGGACCUCUUAAGGAGACUGCGAAGGGUGUGAAUGCUACUCAGUUCCAGGCGAAAAAGAAGCAGCCUUCAGAGGAGAGCACAUCAGACCCUUCUGUGGACAGCCCACAUUCUGUACAGGUUUGGUGUCCCAAAGAGCUGGAGAGAUCUCCUAGAGAUAUUACAGAACUGGAUGUUGUUCUGGCUGAAGUUGAGAAGAUAGCAGCAAAUUACAGACAAAGCAUAGAAUCAAACAUUUGCAGAAAGGCUAUCAUUGACUUCUGUUCUGCUUUCAAGGGCCAAAUCACCGAUCUUAUAGCGGGAGUCCAGGAAUUAAAGAAUAUGAAGAGGAAAAAUGCUAAGGCAGUAACAAACAUCAAAAAGAAAAGGCAGCGACUGGUGCAACUCAGAGAAGAGCUAAUUGGAGCUGAACCACAACUGACACAACUACAAAGAGAAUAUGCUGAGAUAAAGGAAAGGAAAUCUUCCUUGAGGCAAACAAUUGAAUUACUUACUGAUUUAAAGGAGCUACAGCAAGACUGUUUGGAUUUUAGAGAAGAAAACCCAAAAGAAAAAGUGGUAUAUGGAACUUCCAGCCUCCCUGCUCUUCUGAUGGAGUCACGGAGAAUUCUAGGAGCAGAAAGACACUUUCAGAAUAUUAAUUUGAAACUGGAAGAGGCUCUGGCUGUACAAAGAGAGAGGUUAUCAAAGAAAGACUAAGUGUUUUUUAAGACUUUUUAACAUUUGUUAAAAACAGUUAUUGGAAUGGUAGUGUUUAAAGCGUGAUUAGUCACUGUUGCUCUAUUUUGUUUCAAUGUUAAAAAUGACUUGAUCGAGAUGUAUCUUUCUAUUGUCAAAUAGUCUCAAUGUCAGUGAAAUGACUGAAACAGCAAUCCCACUUAAAGUAAUAAAACUUUUCUCUGCUUGUGAACAAUGUUGGGUUUUAAACUUGUGCUAUUAAAGUAAUAUGAUCUUGACAGCAACAUACACUUUUAAAGAGAACACAGAGACUUUGGCUGAACUAUUCAUAGACAUCUUUUUAUUAAAUUUGUAUGUUAAAUAAAUAAUUUCAUCCCAUUUCUGGAACUAAAGAAGUCUGUUUAACUUGGUUUAUCAAUAAAACUUGGACAUAAAACUAGCAAAAUAGAAACUGUACAGCAGAGAGCAUUAAAAGUGCUAAGCAUGGAGCAGCAUUCAUGAUGAGUGUUUCAGUCCAGCACUCUUCAGACUCGACGUAAUCUUCCAUGAUCUCCUGCCUGUUCAAGAUCAUCCAGCUAAUCUGCCCUUUGUCCUACACCUCUGGAAUAGUGCUUCUGAACUACAUCGCAGUAUCUUUCCAGAGGCACAAAGCACGCAGGUGUCACUGCUGGCAGUCUGUGUGCUGGCCAAGCCAGUGGUUAGCUGCCUUCUUUAUUGCAAGAGUCUUCUUUCCUUAAAGCUUCCAAAAGAGCUUCAUCUGGGAUUUCUUCCAUGGCAUAAUUCAGACUAUCAUUUGCAGCUUCAGCGAGUUCCACAUCUUCGGCAGCUUCCAGGAAACGGGCAUCGUCGCUUGCAUUUUCCCACUCACUGUCUGACAACAAGAAGUCUUGAGACAAGCUGUUUGCCAGAGAUCCUGAGCUUUCUGACAAGUCUGAUGCAUUAAAAUGUGGUUUCACCUUUUCUUCUGUGUUCCCCCUUUCAUCCAUUGGUGUAUACUCUUCUUCCUUUGAGAAACAAGAGUACUACUUACUCCAUAUGAAAAUGGUCUUCAUACCUUUAACUGCUCUGCAAGUUUGAAACUUGUACUGUCACACAUAAUGGAUACUACAGGAAGCUGGCCAACAAGACAGAUUUUCCAGCAUGUUAAUUUAUAACCAUGUUAACCUCUGGAAGUCUAUUUCAAUAGGAGUAGAAAUUUGCUGUUUUUCUAGCAACCUACAAGCAGUCUGUUGUAUACAGCUUCUUAAAGUAAUACAAGGUUAAAACUGAUUUUAAGGUCCGUUUAAAGAUACUGUCAGGAUCUGAAAGUGCACUUAAAUUGCACUUUCUAUGAAAUAGUACUAAUAGCUAUUGAUGCUCUGCUUAAGUAGAGCUUAACGUGCCAUGCUGCAGUAUGACCUUUAAAGCUGUCAAGAUAAAUUUAAAAGUUGCAAAAAUGCCAACUCUUAUUGCCUAAGCAGUGGAAAAACUAGUAUGUUCAGGCCUUAGAAUCUAGGUGCAGUAUUAGGUUGGCUUAAGUAUUCUACCUGUUUAGGGGAAAGGUAACUGUGUUGAUACACUAAAAAAUGGAGAUAAAUGAACUUCAAAUAUGAGGGUCACUGACCUACAUUUGACUCUGAUUGAACUCAAGUGUUCCAGGAGCAGCUCCAUUUUGGCUUGCCCAGCAUGAAAUCAAACUCGGGCAGUUUUUCCAUUCUACUUAACCCUGCAGUGUCCCUGUGGCUUAUGCACUGGGAACUGCUGUUCAGAUCAAAACAGAAGGAAGUCUUUAGUCCCAAGUGAAGUUAGGUGAUUCCAGUAACUUAAAAAUGAGUAUAUGGUGCUACCAGAACCUCUUCUAUACCACUGUAACUAGUGCAUGGAGCUCAACAGACUGUGUCAGUGGGCAUGUUCAGUGAUUUCCAGAGACAACAUGGCUCACAAGGACCUUGGCAUAUCGAUAGGACAAAAACAUACCUCUUUGAAAAGAGACGGGAGACAUAUCCCAGGUGGUAAUGGAAAACCUAAAUCAAAUAUAUGGCAUUAAAAUUAACAUUCAAAAAAGUACUAAGUAUAAUUGCUUUGAGAUCACAGACUACAUACUUUGUGAUUUGAAGUUUUGUUCUCUGCAGACAGGAUCAUGACACUUUUGAUACCAGACUUCGUUCUUCAGAUCUACCAGAAUCCUAAGAAUGAAAUCACUUAGUUUUUUUCAGUAACAGUAAAUAAAUGAAAUGAAUUCAUACAGUAGGAAACUCUGACACUAAAUGAACAGGUGUUGUUUAUCCUCAACUAUGGACAUUGCUUUCAUACUCUGACAUACUAAUUACAUGUUUUGUACAAUUUCUGAUAAACUUCUAGCUUCAUAAGUUAAAAGAAAUAAAUUUUUAAGACUAA